AUGAUUGCCACUAAAAACGGAAUUCUUCAACAGAAGUUAACAAGGAAUCGAUUCGAACCGGCUAAUAAUAGUUUCAUCAUCGCUAAAGUGCCACAUGUUGAGACAUCGCUUCGAGCCGCUGUUAGAGCCGAGCCUUUGACUCGAUCGCAAGGCCAUAAGCACUGCAACUGCACAAAUGAAUGUGUGAAUGAACGGUGUGCCUGUCGAAAAGCCUCUGCCUCAAUGAAAAACCUCUGCUUCAAUACAGACCACGAUGUAGACCACGACGGUUUAAUUAAGUUAUGGAAAUCUGACUUU